AUGGAUAGGAAGAAAGUAGCUAUUUUGUUGAGUGAAUUAUGCAUUAUUUCUAAGCCUCAGAGAAAAUAUAAGGUAAUCCAUUCAAUAUCGACGAAUGACAAUAUUAUGAUUUAUCAAGAAAAUAGUGAAUAACUUAUCAAAAUAGAGUAAAAGGAGUUAAAUAAUGAUAAGGAAAGUUAAAAAUAGUUAUUAUUAGAUCCUUUUAAUUGA